CUGAGCCAAAGAAGAGUAGCAGCAGCGGCGGAACAGGAGUGAAGAACACGAUGGCGAGGAUUAAGGUUCAUGAAUUGAGGGACAAGUCGAAGAGCGAUCUGCAGAAUCAGCUCCAGGAUCUUAAGGCUGAGCUCGCUCUCCUCCGUGUCGCUAAAGUCACCGGUGGUGCUCCCAACAAGCUCUCUAAAAUCAAGGUUGUCCGAAAAUCAAUAGCUCAGGUGUUGACCGUGACUUCUCAGAAGCAAAAAUCUGCACUUAGAGAGGCAUACAAGAACAAGAAGUUCAUCCCUCUUGAUCUCCGUCCCAAGAAGACCCGUGCUAUCCGCAGACGCCUCACCAAACACCAGCUCUCGUUGAAGACGGAGCGUGAGAAGAAGAAGGAGAUGUAUUUCCCAAUCAGGAAGUACGCUAUCAAAGUUUAAACUAUCUUUCUACUAGAGACUCUGUUUCAGCUUUUGUGUUUUUGAUGGAAACUUGUUUUGUUCUUCGCUUUGUGCUAUUUUGUCAAACAGUUUCACCAACAUGGAUUUUGCUUCCUAUUGAUAUUUUGCAUUUUCUUAACUUCGUGCUAAUAUUCUACUUAAAAGGAGCUGAAAUUUAAGCAAAAU